AUGUCAGAGUUAAAAUCCGUAGAUUACGGAUUAGAUGAAUAUAUACCUUGGGAUCUCAUUACAAACGAAGAUGGCGGUUUUGAUCCAAAAAAUAUAGAUGCUGCCAACACGAUUUGGCAGAAGGAUCAUUCGUUUUUAGCUGUUUAUCGUGUUGCAGGUGUUGACGAUCAAACAUUAUCUGUAGAUGAUCUAUCCUAUCAGGUUGAGACGCUAAAUCGUUUUCUGAUGCAGAUGGGUACGGGCUGGAUGAUGCAGUUUGACGUUUUGCGUCGUGAAACGCCUGAUUAUCCGACAUCAACAACAGUGACGAAUUUACCGAUUGUCUCCUUUAUUCAGGAGCAUCAACAAGUUCGUUUUUGUCAAGAUGAUUUUCUACAUCAAAAUCAGCUUUAUUUGUCAUUAACUUUUCGUGCUAGUCGUAGCAUGUCAGGAGGACAAUUCGUAGCUGAUACAAAUUAUCGUCGAGUAAAACCUUUAAAGCAGCUAUGUCAAAGCUUUAACAAAAAAUUAACUGAACUAUUAUCUAUGGUCGGUGGUAUUCUAGCUUACCAGCGUUUAACGGGUGAAGAUUUACUGACCUAUCUACAUACAACGCUAACAGGUUUAAAUCAGCAUUAUCACCUUAUCCACGAUCCCGCAGGACUUAGUCAUUUUCUUUCGAGUCAAGAUUGGUGGCCAAAUCAAAGUCGUAUUGGAGAGCUAUAUUACAGCUUGAUAUCAAUUACGGGACUGCCAAGACAGACGGGCCCGUUUUUAUUGUCAUUUCUAAAUAAUCUGAACCUAAGCUAUCGUUGGAAUCAGCGUUAUAUUUUGUAUGAUCGUGAUAGAGCACGUAAAAAACUGAGUGAUACCCAAAGUAAGUUUUUUACUCAACGUGGCGGUGUGCUUGGUGUUGUACGUCGUGCAAUGCGACUUGAUCACAAGCAUACCUAUUAUGGAGAUGAAAAAGAAAAGCAAGCGAGUAAUGUAGCAGAAGCAAAAGAAUUGCUUGACGCGGGAGAUCUUACCUAUGGUUUGCACAGCAACACGCUUGUUUUUUAUGAUCGAGACAAACAGCACUUGGAAGAUGAAACACAAACAGUAUUAAAAGAGAUUCGUAAACGUGACCUUAUUUGUCGUUUGGAAACGAUCACACCGCCUGUUUUUUUAGGCACAUUACCAGGUAAUUCGUAUUUUAAUCCCCGUAAAUAUUUUUACAAUACGUAUCAAGUUUCCGAUAUGUUACCUGUUAAUAGCCCCUAUCUUGGUGAUCGAAAUAGUACGCAUCCUAAAUUAUCAGUAGAGCCUUGUCUGAUGAUGGGUUUUUCAGACGGAGGUACACCAUUUUAUUUGAAUCCUUUUGUUGAAGAUCGUGGUAAUACAAUUAUUCUUGGACAAACAGGUGGCGGGAAAUCUUUUUUAUCAAAUAUGAUGACGCUCAACUGGCUAAAAUAUCCAGGAGCACGUGUCUUAGAUCUGGAAAUAGGAAAAUCUUCCUAUGUUCAGUGUAAAGCAGUAGGUGGCAGCAAUUAUGAGCUAAAUGCUGAUCAACCCCAUUUUCAACCUUUGCGUUUACUACAGAAUGCCCUAGAUUUUAGCUGGCUUGAAGGUUGGUUAGAGGUCGUUUUUUCCUUAAACAAUGUUGAACUUAAUAUAGAGCGUCGCAAAUUAUUAAAACAAGCGAUGGAGCUUGUGCGCGAUCAACAUCAAAAGCCAACAAUGACGGAUUUAAUGACGCAAAUUCAAGAUGAAGAAUUAAGAAGUAUCCUUUCAGACUAUACAAUAAAUAGCCAGGGAGUUGGUAGGAUUUUUGAUGCAGAUAAUGAGCCUGUUUUACAAGGACGUUACGGGCGGAUUCAAUUAGAUGCAAUUUUGUCGCAAGGUAUUCCUGAGCGUUUUGUGAUUCCAGCCCUGAUGUAUAUUGUUCGUUUUGCACGCCAUUGGCUUGAUGGUAUCCAUCCGCUACUGAUUCGUUUUGAUGAAGCCUUUUUGUUAUUAAGCCAUGAUCUUUUACGAGAUUGGUUGCAAGAAGAAUUUAAAACAAUUCGUAAAGAUUUUGGUUGGAUCUUGUUUUCUACACAGGAAUUACAAGAUAUUACAGGUAGUCAAGCAGGUGAAACUAUCUUGUCGCAGUGCGUCACACAGAUUUUUUUACCAGACCAAACAGCACUUAGUGAUCAAGAAGUCUAUAUAAAGCGGCUUGGUUUAAGUUUAGAAGAACUGAGAUUGCUGUUUAAAGCAGUGCCCCGCCGAGACUACUAUCUACGUCGUUUUGAGUCUGGCCAGCGUGUCAGUAGGUUAUUUCGUUUGGUUGUUGGUGAGCUGGAGCUAGCGAUUUGUGGCGCGGCAGGGGAAGAGAAAGCUAAAGAAGUAGAUGAAUUGAUAGAAGCCCAUGGUGAUGAGUGGUUAUUUGAAUAUUUACGUCAAAAUGAUAUCCCUCAAGCGUGGCUAGAGCAUUGGCAGAAGGGGAUGGGGGGAUGA